AUGGACUGGCUCCCGGCAGAUAAUGGGACCAUUAUUCAUAUUUCAGCAUCCAGUACAAGGGUUAUAAAGGGCAAUGCAUGUGUUGAAAAAUAUUCUUGGAGUUAAGCUUGUAGUAUUGCAAACUCAAAAAUGGACAGGAAACAUGGGAAAUACGUAGUAAAUGUUGAACAGUCUGAAAACCAACCGCCAAUCACAUGUUCAAAUGACCAAGAGGUUCACAACUCUGCAUGCUGGCGUCCACUUUCACGUGACAUAACCUGUGAUAUCUCUUCCAACUCAACUGGGGUCUGCGUGGGCCCAGGAGUCCUUGGACAUUCAGGAUACCCACAAACAGAAUCAUCCCAUACCCAGGUGAAAAGAAAUUGCCAUAAUUGGACUCUGUGGAACAUCUUUUUGGCUUGUCUCUUAGCCUGUGUGAUAACAACAGCAAUUGGAGUCCUCAUAAUAUGCCUGGUGAAUAACAGAGGAAAUGACAACUCUUCCAUUGUUAUCAAGGUAUCCCCAAAUGAUGGGGAGCCUGUAACUGCUAUUCAUGGAAAAACCUCUGCUGCUCCUCAACCCACAGUGACCACCAUGUCGUCAACUGAACCUACAACUGUAGCCACUUCGAAAGACUCUACAACCAUUUCAACGUCUACUGAAUCUACAGCCACAAUAGCCGCAACCACCACUUCAACUGCACCUACAACCUCCACACGUUCAACUGAACUUACUGCCACAACAGCCAUCACUCCUACUUCAACUAAAACCAGAGAAGCUACCAGUUAA